GUGUUAUUGAUUGUACAAUUCAAACUCCAAAGCUGAAAAAUGUGUGAACUACGGCAUAAUUUUCUACUUUUACAAGAAAGUUAGAUGUUCGGAGAUAAUAACAUUGGUUAAGUUUUUUAUAUAACUAUUGGUGUGCUAAUUCUUGCGAUUUUGGUUGUGAGUGAGAUAAUAUAUGAUAGCUUUGAUAAAUUUAAAAAAGAAGUGAAAAAGAAAAGAACUUUCAAACGAUUUAUUUGCACUUUCAAACACUUUCUUGAAUACUGAAUUCAUUUAGAUUGAAUAGGGAAAUACGAUAUGGUACUAUUUUGGUUUAAGCUAUGAUCCUGUGAAACAUUUGAGUUGAUAUGUCCGCUUUUAAAGUUUACUGAGAGCUGCUAUAAUGCAACUACUUGGUUGUCGAUAUUUGUGAGUUUAGGUGUAAGAAUUGCUAGGAUUCGUGUUUUAUGAAGUCGGUUUCGGAGGUGAUGCUGAAAUCAUGGAAGAGAGGAGGGGAAGCGAAAUCAUGGAAAAAGAAAGCAAGAGGAGGGGAAGAGAGGGGAGGGGGGAAGGAGUUGCAGUAUUAUAACUUUAUGGUCUGAUUUUCAAAAGGGAGAAAUUUAAGGUUCUGGAAAUCUCUUUUAUUUUUAGCAGAUAUCUGCACUCAUCGGAGAACAUGGGAUUUAGUUUGCUUUGUUACUGCCUUUAGAUUUUGUAGGUGUUAUUAAAGUAGCUUCUUUUGUGGGAUGUCACAUAAUAAUUUAUUUACAUAGUGCUGGUUCUGGUUUGUCUAAAUCAAGAAUGAAUUAAAAUGUAUAUUUGGCUGCUUGUUAGCAUCAGUAACUGGUAGAUAGCUGGUUAUAAAUAUGGUCUACAUAGAAACAGUUCAGUUCUUGGAAUGUUCUUGGAGCUACCAAUGGCUUGAAACUACAGCAGAAAACAAUGAUGAUAUAGGAAGAUUCAGUGAAAAAACUAUAUGUUAAUCCUAGUUGUUGUUCCUUCAUGCUUUUCUAACUAUAUUACUCCUAUUCAUUUAUUUUUCUCCUGUCAUGUGUCUGUUCUGGUAACAGAUUAACUUGCAUGUUUAAGAAUAUUCAUGUAGAACAGACAUUCUUCAAGCUUCUGUAUGCUUUGGAUGCCGCUCUAGUUUUGGUUUUGAUGCUGAUAUAGAUUUACCAGUGUUUAUGUGUGACUACUUCAUUUUAAUCUGAUGCCCAUGCAGUUCUGUUGAAGAGGUUGGAAGAAAGUAAAAACUAACUUAACUUUGUUUGCUUUGACAUUAUGGGGUGCAUAAUGUCCAAUUGGAGGAGGUAUAAAUGAGAAAGGUGCUUUUGAGAUCUUAACGAACUUGAUUGGUGGUAUUCUAUCAUGUUGAUUUUUCAUAAAAGUCCAGAACAGACUAGUCCUCCAGGGAAUGUGAAACAUGAACAAGUUACAAAGGGGAGUUUUCUGGAAUUUGUUUUCUAGAAAAGAUGUGGAGUUAAAUUAUCUGUUGAGAAGAUCAUUCUCAAUUUCAAGCCACCCUGUCAGAGACUUGGCUUCCAAAGAUGGGGAGCUCAGAGUGUUCAUCGUUGCUGGUGAGGUUUCUGGUGACAUCAUAGGGUCACGCUUCAUGGAUUCUCUUAGAAAGCUGAGUCCUUUUCCUGUUCGAUUUGCUGGUGUUGGAGGCUACUUGAUGUCUAAGCAAGGCUUAAAUUCUCUCUUUCCUAUGGAAGAUAUUUCAGUGAUGGGUAUUUGGGAGUUGUUGCCACACCUUAAUAAUUUCAGAGUUCAACUGAAACAAACAGUUCAGGCUGCUCUUUCAUUCCAGCCUCAUGUCGUACUAACGGUGGACUCAAAGGGAUUCUCUUUCCGUUUCCUGAAGUAUUUGCGAGCUAAAUGUAUCGAGCAGGGAAUCGUUAGCCCUAAACACUUCCAUUAUGUAUCACCAUCUUUCUGGGCCUGGAAAGGGGGUGAGGCAAGGAUUAAAGGGCUUUCUGAGUUUAUAGAUCAUGUAUUAUGUAUCCUCCCAUUUGAGGCUGAAAUUUGUAAGUUGAACGGAAUAGCUGCCACAUUUGUAGGACACCCCACGCUGGAAGACAUGAUAGAGUUGAAGGAGAAGGGAGCAUCUGGAGAGAUUCAAGGAAAUGGAGAAGAAUUUAGAAGUGAACAUGGGAUAGCUUCAGGAUCCACCGUCAUUAGCUUGCUUCCUGGAAGCAGAGUUCAGGAAGUUACACGAAUGCUUCCAAUUUUCUCAAACACUAUGGAGCUAUUAAAAGAUGCCUUUGGGGAGUUGGUUACAGUGGUCCAUAUCGCACCCAAUCAAUAUGUCAAAGACUAUAUCAGUAAAGCUGUUUGCAAGUGGCCUGUGCCCGUUGUAAUGGUGUCAGGUGGAUCUCCCAGCAUGAAGUACAAAUCAUUUAGCGCAAGCAGAGUAGCUUUAUGCACUUCUGGAACAGUAGCUGUGGAGUUACAGCUUGCAAGACUACCAUGUGUUGUUGCCUACCGUGCUCAUCUCCUGACUGAAUGGGUCAUACGCUCCAAAGCUAAAGUACCUUACAUCUCUCUUCCUAAUAUUCUUUUGAAAUCAGCUACAAUACCCGAAGCUCUUUUCCAAGGAUGCACACCUUCAAAAUUGGCAUCAUUAGUCAGAGAACUCGUACAUAAUGAAAACCUUAGAGAACAACAGAUUGCUGCUGCUGCAAAGGUUAUUGAAUUAUUGAGUCCUGGAAAAGGAUUGAUCAACAAUUCGACGCACCUGGAAACAAGUCAUGCGUUGCCGAAUUCGGUGUCCAGCAUGAUUGCAGCAUUGACAGUAUUGCAGUCAUGAAAUUCAUAAGCAUGAUAGUUCACAGGAUAUUCGUGUAUGGUUACAUAAGUUGUAUGAUAAAGAAUUAGAGCUGCAAAAUAGUGUCUUUAAGGCUUGUGAGAAUUGGUCGGAGAGAAUCAUUAUUGCUCUUCAUAUCUCCAUUUUCUUUCUAAUAUUACUAAUCCAUUUUCUCCUUUUGCCUUCCAUUUGAAA